AUGGGAACCACUUCGAUGGAAGUCGACUAUGCCACAAAGCAGGCUGAUACCAUGACUCGAAUCGAGUUGCUUUGGAAACAACGACCAACGGCCACUGCCUGUGAUCGCUGCGAAAGAUGCAACACCUCACUAAGGCAGCGGACAUACUUCGUGCUACAAACACAUCAUCCCGCCGAAGACUAUGAAAAGGCCAGGCGGCCUCAAGAGGAUGAACUAAAACAAAUCUCAACUCAGACAUCAGCCAAAGGGCGUCGAGUCCCCUCGCACAGAUGCCAUCAGUCUGAGGAUCCCGCAAGAGAAGGACCCUGA